CGCUGCUUCACUUUUCAGUGUUUACCGUCAAGCAGUUCACACUGUCGCAAAACCAACCAUCAACUCUGCUGAAAAAACGUUUGAAAUGAAGAGGGUACAGAACAACAACAUCAUCAAACGCGAAGUAAAGUUAUUAAAUACUUCACGGAUCGAAUCUCAGCUGGCAUCUUGAUCCAGAUGGCAACAUUCAACGGAGAAGGAAUAAACCACCUAUUAGUAGAAGUGAGUCCUGACAUCCACAUCUGUGGCUUCUGCAAACAGCAGUACAACAACGUUGAGCUCUUUUUUGCACACAAGCAAAACUGCUGCCAGAUCCCCUCGACUCAAAUAUCAGCCCGAAACAGUGGAUCCAGUGAGUCAUUUCAGACAUGUGUACCAAAAGUCAAGAAGACCCUCACCAGAGCCCAGAAAACCCCCUCCAAAAAGCUGAAACCUGCACUAACUCAAAAAAGACACAUAUGCACAUUCUCAGGUUGUACAUUCAAAACUCAGUAUGGCCAAAAAGACAUGGAGAGACACAUGUUAACACAUACUGGCGAGAGGCCUUUCGAGUGUGAACUGUGUCAUAAGCGUUUCAGUCGUCGCGAUAAGCUGAAUCUCCACAGCCGAUUGCACACAGGAGAGAAACCACACAAGUGUAAGCACUGUCCGUACGCGGCGGCCGACAGCAGUAGCCUGAAGAAGCAUCUCCGCAUCCACUACGACGAGAGACCCUUUAAGUGUCAGAUAUGCCCCUACGCCAGUCGCAACUCCAGCCAGCUGACCGUUCACCUCCGAUCCCACACAGGUGACGCCCCGUUCCAGUGUAACCAGUGCGACGCCAAAUUCAAGAUCAACUCCGACCUGAAGCGUCACAGCCGGGUUCACUCCGGCGAGAAGCCUUAUAAGUGUGAUCUCUGUGAGUAUCGCUGUGCCAUGAAGGCCAAUUUAAAAUCGCAUGUGCAGCUGAAGCACAGCGCCUUCGACUCCUUCCGCUGCUCAAAGUGCGACUUCCAGUGCUCCACCAAAGCCAUCCUGCGACACCAUUCCCGCCAGCACCAGCCGGCCCAGCCUUUGCAGUGCGGCGAGUGCAGUUACUCCUGCUCCAGCAAGGGGGCUCUCAAGAUCCACGAGCGCGUGCACUCGGACGAACGGCCCUUUAAAUGCGAGCACUGUUCGUUUGCUAGUAAGCAGCGCAGUAAUUUGUUAAUUCACAGGAGGAAGUGUCAUGCGGAUAAACCGGACAGGCAGGGUAAGGGCGGGACAGGGGAGGAGCCUCCCAAACCUAUUAGCUCACGCUACCGGGCGAGACUGGAGGCAACGCGGGGGUUUCGCUGCGACUUGUGCGAGGCUUCGUUCGUCAGGGAGGAUUCUCUUCGCAGCCACAAGAGGCAGCAUAACAGUAACGCACAACAACAAAGUCAUAAUCAAGAAUCACAAACUGUUACCAAACAACCUGUAGAAAAUGCAGGAUUUGCCCCUAUUGCAACCGAUUCGCCGUCUUCCUACAGCGCAACGCAUCUUAAGAUCAUUGUGGCGCCCUCUUUAGGACCGGAGGCUACUUUUGUUCAGGCUUCCUCUGCAAAGGCGGGAGCAGUUUUGCUCGGUUCGGAUGAUCACGACGUGCUUUUGAACCCUGUAAUACAGCACGUCAACAUGCUAGCACCAGAAGGCGGCCUCGGGCACCAGACGGUUUUACUCACUCAAAUCAGUCCCGGUGAAACCGCCCCUCAGACCAGCACUCAAAACUUCAUCGCCUCCUGUUCUGCAUCAGCUUCCGAUGGCACACACACCUUCAUCACGUCCUGCUCUGACCUGGAAAGCCUCCACAAGCUCAUCCAGGAGGGCGGGACUGAGGUUACGGUGGUAACGGAGGCCAAUCCGUCGAUCGCCGCCACAAAGGAACCACUGAACAUUGACGGCGCCUCUUCUCAGGGCAUGUCCAAGCACUCAGAGGACGCUAUGCCUGAAGACAGUUUAGAUAUUGGUUCACCGGGGACCAUUCUUGUUCAAAGUCUCCCUCUGUCGAUUUCAACACAAGACCAGCAGGCUAUUAAGUACUCUCUGUCUCCCCACAAUAUAUUUUCAGACUCCAGCACAGUGGACAUCAGUGAUUCGUAGUUAUGCAAAUCAUGAGAUGUCACUGUGAUAUCACAAUAUUAAAAUGAAC